AUGGCCGACUUGACGCAACCACCAGGAUCGAUUUCCAUCACCACCUUCUCUUUCUGGACGACUUGCGAUCUUCACUAUGCUUACCCCAGCUUAUACAGACACAUCGGUCGAUAUCUAAUCACCUCAACUACGACUGGAUAUGGACAGGAAGAACUUUCAGAACCUAGCGUCGACUGCUUUAUCGCGCGUCUCCAAGACAAGACAGUACAGCAUUCGAUCCCCGGGCUUGGCGGCCCGAUGACUCCGCCGGCUCUGAGAACCCUUCGCGGCAGUUCAAUUCCGGGAAUCGGGGACUUGGUGGCACCCAUGAACAUGAACAGGUUCAUGCCGUUUCUCUCUGCGCUGCCAGACCUCUCGGCAAUGUCAUCUUCAAACUCUCCGCCCCCAUUCUACUUUAUCUAUUCCACCUGCCUUCAACGAUCGAUACUUUACGACGCGACUCUGGGGCACGCUGCGGCCGGCGUCUGCUGGCAAGGGUCGCCUUGCACCGGCCUUCCCGAUGCGUAG